AUGCCAUGGGAAAUUGUUCCAGUGGGCGUCGAAGAAUUUGGAAAGACUACCCGCUUCCUAGAUGGCUGUCAAUCCUGUGUAGCUCAACAACCACUUGCUCCCGACAGGUCUCACGCGAUGUUGGCUAACACGACCCCAUCGAAUCUCCCCAACUUCUAUUUGAGAUCAUCAACUCAACAGGAUCUAUCUGCCUGCGACCUGAGCCGAGAAAAUGGACAGGCAGCCUCACCAGGUGUCACUCCCAAUUCUCAUAAGAACCAAAACAGCGCCCAGAAAGAUAGACCAUCGUUUCACGAAACCACGAUUCAUCAUCCAAUAUUCACCCUUCUUAACGGGAGUCUAAUGCCAGAGAUCAUGGCCUCCAUACAGGGGGGAUUUUCCUUGGUGGAUCGCAAAUGGACUUGCUACCGCCGAAAUUCCUUUAUCGUCCAGUGUUCAUUUAGAUUCAGGAAUGGCAUGGUGGAUGGGCCAUUCUAUCUGAAUAGGAACGGGUCAGCGGAGUUGAUCAAACAAUUCGCCGUCUCCAUCUCUGCAAGGACCUUUCCGACUGGUAGUGGUGAGAGUGAAGCUUGCCUUGUUCAGCUUACCCCCGAACGAAAUAACGCAACAAAAUCCGUUCCCAGUCGACGUUUAAUUUCACCCUCGCCUAACGAUAAGAUCUUCGACUCUAAUGCCAUGGCGAACUCUUCAGGCCUCGAGAAUCGCGGCCCCAAUUCGAUCCCAACUUCACAUACCUUUCGGAGGAUCCAGUUUCAGAGAGCUACUGCCAAGAACAAGACCCCACUAGCGACGCAUCAAUAUUUCUUGGUAGUGGUCGAGCUUUCUGCCAACAUCGGGAGGCAAGCCGAUGAGAACUGGAUCAUGACCGCCACCAAAGAAUCCGACCCGAUGAUAGUACGUGGCCGCCCUUGCGGCCAUUGGGGCACAAGCCAGGUCGCGACAGGAUCCAGCGAACCAGGAGAAUCUGUGGAUUAG